CUCACUCCCUCUCUCUCUCUCUCAAAUUGAAAUUCCAAAUUCUAGGGUUUUUAAUUCGCCGCCGCAGACGAUCGAUUCUGAAAACCUAGCAGCGAUCGCAAAGCUAGGGUUUCCGUUUCUUUCAGAAGCAAAUAAGAUUCUUGUUCGUAGCUGGUGUGGCCAUCGAUCGCUCUGUUUGAAAACCUAGCUCCAAGCUCUCAUCUUUUCUUUCCAAAAAAGCUAGGGUUUUUUCUGCGAAAUUGGCAGCCAUGGAGAUACAAGAAGUUGAAGGAGCCGACGAUCUCCAGCGGGCUGAUCCGGUUCUUUUUCAGUUCCCGGGGUUUAAUUUUAAACCCAGCGAUGUUGAUCUUGUGGCCUUUUACCUUCGGAGGAGGAUCAGCGGAGGAAUGACCCCGAGCAACUUGGUCAGAGAUUUGGAUAUCUACUCAACGGAACCCUGGAAUCUUCCUGGUGGUCUGUUUCAGUCCGAAAGUGAGAAGUACAUGUUUUUUUUCACUCGCAGACACCCAAUCAGUGCACGCUCUCGGAAGUUUAAUCGCACUGCUGGCUGUGGUUUAUGGCACGGUAGUAGCAAAGACAAAAAUGUCAUACAUGGAUCUCAAGUUAUUGGGUACAGACUGCAAUUCACUUUUAAGAAGAUCGACGCCGGGAACCAGAAGAUCCCUACCAACUGGAUUAUGCAUGAAUUCCGCCUCAACAAAACUACAAACAUUGAUAGCUUGGUGCUUUGUAAAAUCUUUAAGAGGAAGCAUGGUGAAGAGGGAGAGACAGAUGGCCUCGGCGCUGGCAUUGCUCUCUCUGAUGUUUGUGAUGGUGAAGAAGAAAAAGAGAGAUUUGCAAAGAGGAGGAGGAUUGUGGAAUCAGGUGGACAAAAGUUCUUGAUGGAUGGUUAUGCUGAGACAUCCUCCAAGAAUGCAUCAUCAUCAUUAUCCUCAUCAUCAUUGCAUCAUGAAGCACCUAGUGUCGCUGUUGAGAAACCAAUUCAACGUCAAGAACAGACAACAACAUAUGAGAGUCUCGAGAAGAGGAGGCAAGUUGAGAAACAAACACAACAAGAAGCCUACAUGGCCGAUAACAGUGAGAAGAGAUACUGUCGUGUGGACAAUACUAAGGCAGCCGACCAACCUUUAGUAUUCAAGGAUGAAUUUGCUUCACUGGAGGACCUUAUCUGCCUUGAUGACUUUCCACAAUGGACUACGGAGUUUAAUGCAUCACCUUUAGUGGGUGAUUGUGAUGAGACACCAUUCUUGCCUUAUGAAGAACAAACAGCAACAGAGGAAAGACUCGAGAUGGGGAAGCAAGUUGAGGAACCAGAUCAACAGCAAGGCGUCUUGGCUCAUUACAAUGAGGACACUACUGAAGCAAACAGCCAGUCUUCGUUGUUCAAUGCUGUAUAUGAGUCUCUUUUCUUUGAUGAUUCUUCACCACAGGAUGCCAAAAUUGAUGCGUCAUCAUCUUUUUUCCCUUGCUCUGAUGACCUUCAAAAUCUGGGGUGGGCUGGUCUUUACCAUUCGCUGAUGAAGUAAGGCUGCCCUCAGCCACAUGACUGCUUGCUUACUUGCUUACUUACUGGUGUUGAGAUAUCCGACUUUUGUCAGAGGAUUUCCAAAACUGAUAGUGCUGAGAUAUCCAAAAAAAAUUUUAGAGGAUUUUCAUGAAUUGCUUGUGUACAAAGAAGAACUCACCCCCAUUAACUUCAAGUGACCUUUGUUGACCUCAUCGAUAACCAGUACAAUCUUACAAUGUAGGCUCUCUACAAAGGGUGCAUCUUGUGUUAUUUCAUUCCGUUGUUAAUAAAAUUAUUCAUUCUUAU